AGGAGGCUUUGCAACACAAUCAAUGAUGCCAUCAUCCCCCAGAUGGUGACUUCUACAGGUAAGGAGGUUUUGAGAGUAACACUCCACAGGCCUGUCAUGGUUUCCUCCCCUCUCACACUUCUCCAUCGCUGCAUCUCCCGCUGUCCUCUAAUGGUUUGAUGGAGAGCUGGUCGAAUGUCAGCGGGAACUAUUGUUAUAUCCGGAGGAAUUCUCGCCGGAGUGAUACUGCUGUGCAUCGUCGCAGUGCUCUGUUACUGUAGACUCCAGUAUUACUGCUGUAAGAAGAAUGAUUCUGAGGUGGACAUGGGCUCCGUGGUGGGAGCCGACCCUCUCUCUCACUUUCCCUGCAAUGCCUGCAACGCCCUCGCCAUGGACGGAGCGGCUAUCAGCCCCGUCUCUCUGGAUCAGCUGGACACGGGUUCUCACCACAACCACUGCCCCACCUGUUCCCCCCCGUACCCUCUCCGCUCUGGACCGACAGACAACAUGCGCAACGGAGGGGAGCGUCUGGGCUUCCACACCUACUACGAGAACCCGUCUGUCUCUCUCCCGCUGUCUGUCAACCCGCAGGGCUCGUCCCCUCUGAGUUACUACAGUCCCACGGACAUGUUUCCUCCUCCACCACGUCCCUACAGCACCCAGGUCUGACCCACACUCACACACACGUGGGAAAAACAUUAUGACAUACUUACACACACCUGGCAUUUACGCAUCUAGCACAUGCCCUUUUGUCUGGGACUACAUUCAGGUGAUGGAUCACAAUACAGCACAGUUACACACACGCCCACAUUACUGCACAUGCUCACUUCUGCCACAGAUUCCAGACUCAUUCAUCCAUGGGAGUGACUCAUAAACUGAGCCCACUGACAAGAGCCUCUGUGUGGGAAACAAAUCCCUGGACCGUGCCCACAGGGGAGCUGCAGACAGCAGCAUGAAGCAGCGUUUUAUCAGCCGUACAAUGGUACAUCACUCUUUACAUGGGGCCAUGUGGAAUUAAAAUGUGUCUUUCGGAUCUCAGGUGCGAUGAUCCAGUCUAAAUUUAUGUGAAUGUGCCUGGACUGAUGCAGCGAUUCAAGCCACAUUUGAAGGUGGUCAGCGACACGUGACCAUCUGCUAAAGUGUUAAUAUAAAAAGGGUCCUCGGACAGCCAAGUAAACUUUCUUGUAGGUGCUAGGAAUGCAAAUUUUAAGCAAUUCCCAUAAGCCAUGUUUCCAAUGAAUCAUUAUACAUAAUAUAAAAAAUACAGAUUUUUUUUCUCAUGAAAUCUUAUUUUAAAUAACUGAAGCU